GAUGAAGAAGUCCGUCAGGUUCGCCGUGGUGUGCGUCGGAGUGUCUCUGCUCAUCUCCUGCCAGUCCGUCGAAGCCUGGUACAAGCAGGUGACCGGACCCAACUACUACUCUGUGGGCCGCGCCUCCGGGCUGCUGUCCGGCAUCAGGAGGUCUCCGACCGUCCGGAGAGCCGAGUCCGAGGAGACGGUGAUGGACAGCGGGGAGGCGGCGGGAAACAACUUGAUCCAAGAGACCARCAGGCAAAUCUCCGUCCUGAAGAACAUGGCCAUCUGCCUGAAGGACAUCUCUCCGAACCUGAAGAGCUGCGAGCUGCUGGAGGACGGGACAGGAACCUUCCAGUGCAAGGCAGACGUCUUCCUCACCCUGGACUCCUUGGACUGCCUGUCCGCAUGAGUCUGCGUGAAUCCUCCUCAUCGUCCUCCAAAAAAGAGAGAAAGAAAGAAAGAAAACAGAGAUAGAAAGAGAGCGAAAAMCCAGAGAUCUUAUCUGGAAAAGCAGAAAAAAAUCAAAACAGAGAUGAGGGAUGGACGGAGAUUUUUGCUUUGAUGACGGACYGUGGCAGACUUUGAAUGUUUUCUCUUAUUUAAAGAAAAAUGCUUAAAAAAAACAUUGUUCGGUUUUGCUUUUGGUUGCAAAGAAAAAAAAAAAUGUAAACAGGGAAAAAAAAACAAUGCCAGACAGUUAGAUAAAGCCAUUUUCAUUCCAACCCCUUUGCAUAAAUGUUCAAAAAUGUCCAGAGGUUUAUCUGCAGUUUUCCAGAACUCCUGUAAAUUACUUUUAUUUAUUUAUCUAUUAAAAUGAACAAACAAACAA